AGAAUUCAAACGACUGUAAAACGAAACAGACGCGUCGCGCAUUGUUAGCAAAAGAAAAAAAUAUUGAAAUAUUUUUCUUUCUAAAAAAAUAACUUAGUGUUAAAAAAAAUUAAAACAAAUAAUUUAAUAAAAAUUUUCUAGAAUUUAAAGAAUUUUCUUUAAAACUUCAAUCUAAUCAAAAAGAAAAAGUUAAAAAUUAUAAACAUAUAUUAAAAUUAUACAAAAAUAAACAAAUAAAAAUAAACAGUAAUUAAAACAAUCUACAAAAACAGGAUUUCCAAUUGACCAAUAUUUUAUAUACAAUUUUAUUGUUUGCAAGCGGCAAAACAGUUCCUUCCUCUCCCUCUAGACUUCCCCUGCUACCAGAAAAAAAAAUCAUAAAAAUAAACACAAAAAUGUUGUCUUCAAGUAAAAAACCACCGAGAUUACCCAGGUUUCUCAGCCUCAAUAUAUGCUCCCUAACACUAGCACUCUUCCUCUUCGUUACAUCCAGCCAAGCUGCCGUCCAUUCAGUACUCACAUACAAAAAUGCCUCCACUCUGUUGGGCCAGUUGGUCACCUCCAGUACUCUAGUGUGGGAAACAUACGAUCUCAAAGAUCCCAAACAACUGCAGUAUGCCGUUGAAGGCGGUAAAUAUAUCACCGAAGAGGAACACUAUCCCAUUUAUGUGUGUCGGGUGAAUAUUGAUGGUGUCGGUACCAUUGGUCAUACGGAGAAGAUACAACAGUCUCAUGUUUGCAAAGCGGCCCAUUAUAAAAAUAUGAAAUACAAUACAUUUGAUGUGUUGAUCAAUAAGGGUCAUUUGGGUAAAGUGUCCUGGAAACAUUGGCGUAAAUUUAAUGUGGGUGUGCCAGUGGGAGCUAUUCGUAUAGGAGAAGAUGCUUACAUAGGCAGACAUAAGGCACCCCAGACUGAGAGUAACGCCGCUGAGGGAGGUCAACAACAGGGUGCCGAUUUUAAUUUGGGCCGUUUAGAUCCCGUGGGUUUGGGUAAAAUUAAGGUAAUGGAAUCGAAUGUGGAAAAGGAUUACGAUGAGGGAGAAGUCUUGGUGGAAACCGAACCUUUCCGUUAUGAAUUGAAAGAUAUCAGAUUAGAUCAGAUACGUUUGGAUAUGAGAGAAAAUAUUACCGAGUUGGCUUUUGGUGUCUUGGCUAAUACGGGCGACAAAUAUAGUGUAGUGGAAACUGCCUUGACUUAUGGUUUUGAUCAUGUUCAGUACUGGGGUUCACAUGAGGGCGUGGCCCGUGGCUUGCCUACUAAGGUAUUCGAAAAUGAUGCUUCCAAACCUGCAGAAAUCAACUGGGCCUUGAAACAUAGUGAAAAGCGCUUUGAAACUAAAUCGGUGAAUACUAAACUUUGGCCUGGUACCGCCAUUAAUGUUACACUCAAGGGCAAUUAUGUGACUUUGGAUGCUCCCUAUAGUGCGAAAUUGUAUGCCUUCUAUGCUGGCAGUGAGGACAGCGUAUCGAGAAAAAUUAAGGCAGAGGUACGCAAAUCCUACUUGAAAGAUGUCAAAUUAGAAUUGACAAAUCCCUAUUGGAUCGAAAAUGGUACCUUUGUACCUGUCACAUCCACAACUUCCACCACUUCGACUACAACACAUGCCACUACCACCAGUGCAGGAACUCCCCGACCCAUUCAUGAACCUCCAGUAGUGCAAAUGACCAAUAUGGGUCCUGUCCAUUCCGGACCCGAUUCUCUGGAAAAAUCCAUGAAAGAUGAACCUUCAGCCAGUAAUGAAAUACCACAAGAUAAACCCGAAAAUAUAGCAGCAAAACAUCAAAAUACCGCUUUAGCAGGCAUUGGAGCAUCAACAGCUAACUCAGCUACCACGACAACCCUACAACAGAGCAUUAUCUAUGCGGCCAGUAUGGCAACUCUAUUAACAGUUUUACGUUCAUUUUACAUUUAGAAUAAAAUAAAAACGAAUUAUUAUGAUAAUUAUAAUUAAAGUUAAAACAAACGUAUGCUAAUUUUUAAUUUCUUUAAUAAUAUGUGAGAAAAAAAACACAGACAGCUAUUUUUGUAUGUAAAGUAUAGAAAGAAAAGUAAGAAAACAGCUGAGAAUUAAUUAACUGUAGUAAUGAAUUAUUUUCUAAUUUUAAUUUUAAACUAGGGUAGCAUUUAUUAUUUUUUUUGUCUUGUUGUUGUACCUGUUGUAGACCCAUCAAUAUGAAUUGAAAAAUGAAUUGAAGAAUUUUUUUUAAAUGAAAACUUCUAUAAAACUAAAACGAAAAAUCUCUAAGAAAAUUUAAAAUUCAUUAGAUGGGUAUUUAAGGAAGCAUAACUUUUUUCUUUUAAAUUUGCUAAAAAAAAAACAUAUUAUAAGAAAUUAUAUUAAAAAAACAUAAAAUUUAUAAAAAAAAAUUAAACGUAAACAUAAUUGUGUAUAAAAUUUCUAAAUAUUUUUUUAAUUUGCCAAAAAAAAAAGAAAACUCUAAGAAUAUUAAACAAAAUAUACAAGUUUUAAUUGUUUUUAGUCGCAAAACCAUAUUUAAAAUAAAUUACAUAAAACUACAUUCCUUCUAUAAAUAAAACCAAUUUUUAUAAAAUAAUAAAAGAAAACUUUUUGAAAAAUAAACUUUUUAUAAGAAUAUAUAAAUCAUUUUUUUUUGUUUUAAACUUUUAUUUUUAUAAAUUAUAGAAUUAUACAAUAUAAAUUUGCUAAUACAAAUGAUAAA